GUUCGACCUGUUCUGUUCAGAAAGGGACACAUGACUCCGGAGGAAUUUCCUCGGCGUCUCCUGUCCUUUGUUCCAGUGGAUUCCCUGAGGGGGUGAGGGAGCCUGGAAGGAGGUCGAGAAAGAGAGCAGAGAGAGGCGGACGGAGAGAUGUCUGAGCCGACCACCAAUCCCGCUGCCACCUCCUUCUCAGCGCCUACAAUUUCUCUGCCCUUGGGACUGGAAGUAUUGAGGACUUACUCUGGAGCGCUUAUUUGCUUGGAAAUAGUAUUUGGUGGGUUAGUAUGGAUUCUGGUGGCAUCUUCCAAUGUGCCAGUCCCUCUACUGCAAGGGUGGGUGAUGUUUGUGUCUGUAACGGCAUUCUUCCUCUCUUCUGCCUAUCUCAUCCUCCUCAUUACUGGCCUGGCUGACCGAAUCAGUAUUGAUUGGAACUUUUUGGAUGUUUUUUACCAUUUUAUAGCUUUGCUUUUCUAUUUUGGUGCCUUCGUCCUGGAGGCGGCAGUGACGGCAGCCAAUGGAGGUUCCAUUAUCACACCCUUGCCAAACAGCACCGGAACUGUAAUGUGUAUAAACUACCCUCGAGGCAAUGUAUUCACUGUACUGAAUGGCAACCAAUAUAAUAUUAAUGUGGUUGCCACGAUAUUUGCAUUUGUAGUAACACUGUGCUACAGCUGCAGUCUGGUGAUGGCCUUCAGGAGGUGGAGGAUCUAACCUGAAACUCAAACAAAUUUUGUAAUUGUUCACCAACAUUCACAAUAGCCUCAGAGAGAAUGCUGCUUUUCUGUGCGAGAUUGGAAUGCCCUGUUUGAAGUAUGAUCAGUUAAUGAUUUUUAUUAGAUUUUUAAUUUUUUUUUUUUUUUUUUUUUUGAAGGGGGGGUGGCUUUAGUUAUCACGGAAUGACCAGUGAAUUUUCUGAGGUGAUUAACCUCUCAAAUAUGUUGACUACUGUGGGCAUGAAACAACGUUAUAAAUGUUGACAUUGGUAAUGUAAUAUGCCAUGUACAUGAGUAAUGUUAGUGAUGCUUAUGCAACAUUUUUUCAUUGACAACAACCAUAACAGUAACUUCCUUAUUCUACUGGAUCACAUCCUCACUGAAGGGAAUAUUUCCCAAUUUCAAAACUGCUAACGUUAUGAAUUGUACUGCUUCUUUUUCUUCACAUACAACAGAAGCGUCAUAUACUUUGUUUUUGCCUGAGUUAUUGCAUUAACUAUAUAUAUUCAUAACGGUAUUUGAAUUUUGAAAAGUUACCAUUUUGUCAGAUAGCCUCAUCAUCUACCUUUAACAGGUAGGUUUAAACCCAUUAACCUACAAAUUCUAGUGGUUUAAAGAAUUAAAACAUAAGGUACAUUGUUGUAAUCAUAGAAGUGUAUCUAAACAUAUGAUUAAAUACUCAAACCUUUCAAUAUUGAAUUGCUUUAAAGAGUUGUAAUUUAACCUACAUUUAAAGUGUAAUUUUACACUAAUAAUUAAUAAUUGUAUAUGAUUAUACAUUUAAUCUUUCUCUCUUCAUUCAUUGUUACCAUUUUAGUAUAUUUUAUAAAAAUGUGUAAUAUAAAUUGUUUUAAUAAAAACAUAAAAACAAAUGGAAUUUCCGUUUAUUUAAAUGCAGUUGAUCUAUUAAAAAAAAGUCUACACACCCCUAUUGAGCACCCACCACCACCACCACCACCCAAAAAAUAUAACGUGAGAGGGAUGGUUCAAGGUAACUAAUUUUAAUACUUGUAUUUUCUAUUUACAGUAUAUGUCCUACAUGCAGUGAUGGGCCAUCAGGGCCAGCUAGGCCUUUUCUGUUGGCAUACUUUAUCCAGAAAUAAUAAUCAUAUUUAUUGGAAAACAAAAUUUUGCUAAAAGUACUUUUUUUUUUUUUUUUUAAUGUAUUUUCACUAAAUAUAGUUUGUAUAUAUUUCUCCAUGUAAUAGUAUAUUCCAGACAGUGUUGUAGUUUUAGGUUAGUUUUUAUCCUUUUAGCUUAAAUGAAAUCAGUCCGAGGCUAGCCAGUCAAAGCCCGAGUUGGCUGCAAUUGGAAUUGGGCCUAAGGUCCAAUGGCUCGCAAGCUGACUUCACAUGGGUCACUUUAACGUGAAAUGUGCACAUCCUGUGAUAAGAUGGUCGCAUAUGAAAGCCGGCAGUUCUAGGUACAUCAUCUGUCACACCAGAGCAAAAUCUGGGAGGCUUUAGCAGAAAAAUUCAAUGGCUACAUUUUUUGACCCACAAAGGACGAAGAAGAGGGAAACAGAUUUGGUAGGCGGUAUACUCGCAAGGCUCUUUUCAAGACUGACCUAUCAAGUAGCUACAGUAGCUCUAAUUAGACAAGGACAGCUAGGGCCCAGGCCUUUCAGCGAAUAAAAAUGUACAGUAGGCUCGGAGCACGACUUGACAGGGGCAGCUUUCAUCAUAUGCCUCCAUAUUGAUGGCAAAGAAUGUGUUGUUGGAAUGGAAAUGUAAUUUCAUGCUUUUAUGCGUUUUAUCUCUGAGUGUGUAUUUUAUUUAUUUAUUUAUUUUACUUUUCAUCUUCUACGUGUCCUAAAUGGCGCCCGGAAUUAAAAUGUAUGAUUGUUAUUAUUAUGAACUGUAAACUAAGUCAUUGAAGCCUUGAGGAAAGAAAGGAGAAUGGACUUUGAACUGAAACACUGCUUUGGAGGACAGCAAUUUGGAGGACUGCAAGCAAUUCAUUGAUAUAAAGUUUUUGCUUUUCAGUAAUGUGUGUAAAUAAUGUGGCGCAAAGUCUC